ACAACAACCUCCUCGACCAUCUGUGAGACAGUCAGCUCAAGACUCAAAGGUGUGAUCACUGUAACCAUGCUGAAGGUAGCACUUGUGCUUGGAUGCCUCCUGAGCCUCGCUCUGGCUCAUCCUAUGGAGCGCAAACGAGUUGCUCGGUCUAGCUCCAACUCUGACUCGAGGUCCAAUGAGGUCUAUAGACCACGGCCUAGGCCAUUCCCAGUGCCAGUGCCUGCACCAGUGCCUGCGCCAUUUCCAAUUCCACUGCCACUGCCACUACCAGUGCCUGCACCAGUGCCAGUGCCAGUGCCUGCGGUUGUCCAGAACAUCUUUGAUUACAUCACCAAUCUAUUAGCUCCGCUUAUUCCUUCUAAAAAGUAAAAUCUGAGCAGAGAUUGAUGAGUACAGAAAAAACAGUAUUAAAUGAGACAGAUGUUUGACAUUAGCUUUGUUUUGUGUCAGUUUGUCAAGUCAACUGUUUUUUUCUUCUUUUCAAAUUGUAAUGAUGUUAUCUUCACCAUGAUGUUGUUGCACUCAUCAUUGUAGUUCACUCAAACAUGCGGAUCCAAAUCACUUCAUUCUCUGUACUAUCUGCACAAUAAACUUCAUAAACAGAAAA